UAUGAGGGUUGUUGACGUCCACCGCCUGUAGACGUUUUGAAUUUCAACAGGGACAACUCUGAUACAGUGUUUUUUCUCAAAGUUGCCGGGAUGUCAGUGCAUCACACUUAUAUCAGUACACUCGUAACAACCUAGCAAUUUCAAAUGAAGAAGCACUCUAGUCAACAAGAUGAAGAGCAAACCUGGGAAAAAGCAACACAACAAAACCAAGAGGACUAAACACCAUCGAGACCCCAUCAAAACAGAGUGUGGAACACAGUCAGAUGAUGUUGACUGCAAUAGAGAAGAACUAGACGUUAGCCAAGCACCCUACAUCACUAAAGGGGUUUGUAUCAGCUCCAUCUUAAUCAAAGAGGAACCAACAGACUUUGAAUGGCAGGGAAUGGGCGAGGAACAUAACCGUUCUGAUCCUUCCUUCCAGAAGAAGCAUAUCAAACAUAAAAAUACAUCCAAUCCUAUGACCCGGUGUAGCCAGAUAUCAAGGAGUCCUAUGGUGAUGCUAACAAGAUUGUCUAAUGUGGUGGUUAAGACUCUUCUGCGAGACACUAAAGUGUGUUUGGUGAAGGAGGAAAACCCAGAUGAGACAGAUGGAGUCUCUACUUCUCAGUUCUUUCCUUGUCCACACUGCACCAUCUCCUUCACUGACUGUUACUUCCUGGAGAAUCACAUCAAGACCAAACACCCAAAGCAGUACCUGGCCAUGCUGAAGACCCACGUCUCAAAGAGUAAAACCGUGUACACCCCCACACACAGCUGUCCCCACUGUAGCUGCAUGUUCCAUACCCCACGGCAGCUACACAUCCACACCCGUCAGGCCCACCCCUCUACCCCGCUAAGGAAACUCCACCCCUGCCCGUAUUGUGCCCGCAGCUUCCAGUACAUAGCCAGACUGCAUACUCACUGCAAGGUUUGGCACAAAAUGGCUGUUGCUUUCACUGAUGGAUACCUCAGUUGCGCUGACUGUGGAAAGAGCUUCAAGAAUUGCUGGGGACUGGGGCCUCACCGGUGUCACAAGCCUGAGGACAUUAAGCCUGAGGAUGGCCCGGUCUGUCUGAACAUCGGUAUGCCAUGCUCAGAGUGUGGCAAAAGCUGCUCUAGUCCUCGGAAUCUGCGCAUUCACAUGCGCACACACACCGGCGAGAAGCCUUACGUCUGCAAGGAGUGUGGCAAGAGCUUCUCAGAAGACAGCAGUUACCGUAAACACAUGAUGAUACACUCGGGGGUCAAGCCAUUCAAAUGCCAGGAUUGUGGAAAGGAUUUUGCCCGGAUGGGGCGCCUCAGAGUUCACAUGACCAUUCACUCUGGCGAGAAGUCCUUCUCCUGCUCCAAAUGCGACAAGCGGUUUGCAUACAAGGACUGUCUGAAGCUUCACCUGCGCACACACUCAGGGGAGAGACCUUUCAAAUGUACUGUGUGUGGUAAAGACUUUGCUUACAGAAAUUAUCUGAAGUUGCAUCUGAAGAUUCACAACAAUGAAAGGAACUACCAUUGUGGGGUUUGUGGGCUGAAGUUCAUAAACAGUGCAGCGUUGAAAACCCACCAGCGCACACACACUGGGGAGAGGCCUUUCCAUUGCACGGUGUGUGACAAGACAUUUUUCCGACAUGAACACCUGAAGAACCACCAGCGCACUCACACAGGUGAGAAACCAUACACCUGUACAGAGUGCGGUAAAAGCUUCACUCAGUCUGGAGAUCUGACCAAACACAAGCGCAUCCACACUGGGGAGAGGCCAUUUGAAUGUUCUGAAUGCCACCGACGGUUUAUCUGUUCUGCUGAUCUGACCAGACACAUGAGGAUCCACAAUAACUCACGGCCAUAUCCCUGCCAGGAGUGUGACAAGAGCUUCCGCUUGGCCAACCACCUUAAAAUUCACAUGAGGACCCACACUGGGGAGAGACCAUACUCCUGCCACCGCUGCCAUCGCACCUUCGCUCGCACCCACCACCUCUCCGGUCACCUGCCUAGAUGUCGCUGAAUUAUGAAAUUACACUGUAUAUAAAUAAACUAUUUUACUCUUGUUGUAGUUAUUUAACAAGGGAACAGUGAUGUACAGAAUAUGGUUUUGUGCCCGACUCUGAACUGGUAAUGCCAAUAAAUGGUAAUGACAAUAAAGGCCUCUAUAGUCUGUAAAGAUGGCACACCUGUUGUGUGGUUCUGGUGUUUUUUGUGUAUGUUGUUCUUUCUUUGAGCUGAAAUAAGAGAGUCAUAUCACAUACAUUUCAGUCUCCCAGUAUUCUAUUGGCCUGCACUGGCUGGUUUUGAUAUUACAGCAUGUCGUACGUUUCAUAUUACAAUACGCAAGCUAUAGAAGAGGAUUGAUUCAAGAACUUAGGUUAUUUGUAUCUGAAAUCCCAGACCAAGGGCAACAUUGUUAGUGUGGGAGUUAACCUGCCUGCCUAGGGAGAAUCAGGACAGUAAAUAAAAGGGUAUGCUCUUC